AUGAUGAAAACGCAGAAUUUCUCUGCAGUUCUCUCGGCGCUUGACAGAAAGCAGUUGCCCCUGCUUGCGAGCGCCAUUCUACGGCGCCUCCAGCCACCCUAUCAAACUACCGAUGCGAAACCCUCAGUCGGCGAGCCUUUGUACGGAUCUUACCAUGUACUCUUCCCAUUGACCUUUGACAUCGGCCUUCGCUGGAUCGCAAAAAUCCCCAUUAACGGCACGGCAAGCAAAUGGGAUGAGUUGUCUGCCUCGGCCCUGACCUCCGAGGCGAACACAAUGCGCCUGUUGAAGCGCGAGACUACUAUCCCUCUACCUGAUGUUUUGGAAUUCUCCUCGACCACACAAAACACUCUCCGAUGUCCUUACAUUAAUAUGACCUUCAUUUCCGGAAUCCCUCUAUACGACGUCUGCAUCGCCUCGGCAAUGGUGCAGCUGGAAAGAUUUUCAUUUCAAACCGGCGGCCGUCUUCUGUUUGGAAGCGAUGGCAACCCAUCUGAUAUCGGACCUAUGCGACGAGUUGAUCACAAGGCUAUGCUUGACCGAUGUUUUGUUCAUGAAGCUCCAGACGAUGACCCCAUAUAUAUUGAGUGUGCGGCAUCCAGCGACCCGAAAGCAUACUACACCCUCAUGCUCGACACACACCCCGAACAGAACCCGCCCGGUGGAAUGGAUCCCUUCGUUCUUGCACAUCCAGACUUUGACAUCCAGAACUUCAUAGUAUCUGAAGAGGGCCAGCUCCAAGGUAUCAUCGAUUGGGAUGGGGUCGCUGCUGUGCCUCACACUCUUGACAGCGAGAGAUAUCCCGGGUGGCUCACGCGCGACUGGGACCCGGCUAUGUACGGAUAUAAGGAGUCUAUGGAACAUGGGGUGGAACCAGAAGGUGUGUGGGAAGAUUCGCCCCAAUGUCUCGCCUACUACCGCGACAUCUAUGAUGGCAUAAUGGCAAGACAUCGUAUGGAGAGAAGAAGAGGAUCUGAAGCCAACCUCUGCCGAGCAUCCCUCAUUACGGAAAACCUAGCCAUUGCGGUGGAUGAUCCUCGAUGCCGAAAUGCAAUUCUGCGCAAAAUGGUGCAUGAAAUAUGGACUGCUGCGGGAGGAGGUGAGCAACCGGACUUCACGGACCUAGCCGACAUGUUCACCGAGAGCAACAUGGAUAUCGUGUUGAUGGAAACGCUCCAUAGGGGCUUUAACACGCUUCUGUCGAAGAAAAAGUUGUAG